GACGGAGUCAGUCUCUGCGCAAGUGGCCACAGGUGUUUUGAGCGACAUACAGGCACUUUUCGUCUAUGACCUUGAUGACCGGACGGAUUCCCUUCGAAUGCAGCUUGGGCGUCGGCAACGCUGCUAGCGAGCCAUCCCCAAGAAAGAGCGUCGUGUCAUCGCUUCUUGUUAAUUGCGCUGCCUCGCGGAUGGUGAACGGGCGCACUCGUACGGUGACGGAGAUGGAGGAGGCGCCGUCGGCGACCAUGGUCGUGCUAUGUUAAUUGUACUGCUUGUUAGUCCCACGCAGCUCCUGCAACAAUGGUCAGGAGCGUGUCGUCAGCGAGGGUCGGUGGUGAGGAUAGACGUGCGGAACUGUUAGAGCGAGCUUCGGAAAGGUUCAAUGUUUACCAGCGGACCGUGCACAAAACAGACAGGGAUCUGAAACCAGCAACCACGACCCAACGCCAGCGCACAUGCGCAUCGUCACUUCAGCUGGCCUACUGGUGCCACGGGCUCUCUGUCGUCUCUGUAGCUUCCAAUUGUAUUACAUGCGGAUGCAUGUCCCACUGCACUCGUGCGUCCCUUGCCUGUGUGCCCGGCGCGGCGAUUACAGCUGUCCUACAGCAACUUGAACUCCAUGCACAUGCGUAUCUACACCUGGUGUGCCCAGUCUUACACGCCGGUCGUGAUGCUGGAUCCCCGUCCCUCAGGGUGUAUGCCUGGUAUGUGUCCCAUAACGCCCAUUUUACGCCAUGUUGUCCUGAACACUUCUCAUGCAACGCCCUCUUGCCCAGAUGAAUCAUCCCUCAAAUUCCCUUCCUCCUCCGACGUCCAUCUCGUUCUCUACGCCGUAAUUGUCCUCGUAACUUGCCAGCUGCA